GGGCUCCGGAUCAAGGAGGGCCCGGUGGAGGCGCCGCGGGGCCGCGCCGGGGGCGCCGCGCGCCCGCUGGGCGAGUUCAUCUGCCAGCUGUGCAAGGAGGAGUACGCCGACCCGUUCGCGCUGGCGCAGCACAAGUGCUCGCGCAUCGUGCGCGUGGAGUACCGCUGCCCUGAGUGCGCCAAGGUCUUCAGCUGCCCGGCCAACCUGGCCUCGCACCGCCGCUGGCAUAAGCCGCGCCCCGCGCCCGCCGCCGCCCGCGCGCCGGAGCCCGAGGCUGCCGCCAGGGCCGAGGCGCGCGACGCCGCGGCCAGCGACCGCGACACGCCGAGCCCGGGCGGCGUGUCCGAGUCGGGCUCCGAGGACGGGCUCUACGAGUGCCACCACUGCGCCAAGAAGUUCCGGCGCCAGGCCUACCUGCGCAAGCACCUGCUGGCGCACCACCAGGCGCUGCAGGCCCAGGGCGCGCCGCCGCCGCCGCCGCCCGCCGAGGACAUCCCCGCCCUGUACCCGGGGCCCGAGGAAAAGGCUCCCCGGGAGGCCGCGGGCGACGGCGAGGCGGCCGGGCUGCUGGGCCUGAGCGCGGCCGCCGACGGCCACCCGUGCCCCGUGUGCGGGGAGAGCUUCCCCGGCAGGGGCGCCCAGGAGCGCCACCUGCGCCUGCUGCACGCCGCCCAGGUGUUCCCCUGCAAGUACUGCCCGGCCACCUUCUACAGCUCGCCCGGCCUCACGCGGCACAUCAACAAGUGCCACCCCUCGGAGAACAGGCAGGUGAUCCUCCUCCAGGUGCCCGUGCGCCCCGCCUGCUAGAGCGCGCCCCCGCCCCCGGCCGCCAGAACUGUGCCUUCGCCCGGAGACCCACAAAGGGAGCGCGCCCCCGCCCCGCCCCGCUCCGGGGCGUCCGGGCGCGAUGGGAGCCCCGUCGGUCCUCUCGCCGGGACCCCUCUCGGACCCCACCCCCUGCGCGUGGUGUCCCCCGCCCGGCCGUGGCGCAACAGGAGUCCGUCUCCUUCUUACAGGGGAGAAAAAACAAAAGCUGUAUGCGUUCGUCUCGUGGUUGGAAGCCUCCCCUUGAGGGGCGAAGCUGUUUUUCAUGCUAGUGUUCUUCGCUGUGUUCAUGGUGUAGAAAAUGCGGUUUGCUCUGCCUACCAGUCUCGCUCGCGAUGUCUGUAGCGUACGGGUUGUUUUGGGUGAAUCUUGAGAAAUAAAUGCCUUUAUAUUUCACAGGCUGUAAAAUCGAACUUCCCACACGAUUAGCUUUAUUAUGGCUUGUGAACUGCUGGAGUCUGGCUUUACCUUUUUGUAUGUGAACAAAUCAAAUUGCUUAAAAAAAAAGAGUUUUCUUUAGUAUAGCCACAAAUGCCUUGACCUGUUGUCUGUUGGGGAUUUUUUUUUUUUUUGGGGGGGGGGGAACGUUCACGACACGCUGUAGUAGCUGCCUCAGUAUUUUUCGGAAGACGUUUUGGUUUGAUCAUCUUUGUUGAGGUAGGGCUAUAUGAGUUCCCUUUACAUGUAUAUGUUGAUUUAUGCGUAAUUGUUAUUUAUUCUUUAUUUAUUUAUAUUAAUUAUGAAGAUUAUGAUAUUAUUUGAUUGCAGAUUCUUCUUUUUUGUGUGUGAGCUUUCCCCCUGCCACUUUUUGACAUUUCACUGUGCAUUUUAGGAAAGAACCUUUUUUCUAGAGGGGUCUGCUGAGAGUUUUAACUUUUCUAUCUAUCUGAGGGACUUACAGACAACGUACCAUUUUAUUCUGCUUGAGGGGCCCCGAGGCCCUUGUACAACCGACAGCUCUUACUUUUAAAUGCAAUCUCUUUUCUACAUACAUUAUUUUCUUAAUUGUUAGCUAUUUAUAGAAAGCUUCGAUAGAACUGUUUCAACUGUAUAAAUAUUUACUAUUCAAAUAAAAUAUUUUCAAAGU